CCAUUUCCCAAACGGAGAGGAGACCGAAACGCUGAGCCUGAGAGAGAGAGAGAGAGCUCAGUCGAGCCUAGACCAUCUAGUGAGAUGCGCGGACGUUUAGCAUCGAUGGCGAGGGGGUUGUUGGUGGGACGAUUCUGAAAAGGAGAAACGUUUCUUGAGAUCGGUGCGUCAUGGAUUAACUGACGAAUAUUCUAAUAACUGUUAAUUUCGUAGCUAGGUGCCUCAACACUUGUUUCUGUCAUUUGAAAACUUUCAUGACUUGAGUGGACUUUACUAAAUUAUAUAAUUGCUCAGUGUUUGGUGCUAUAUUAUAGUGAUUCAAAAAAGGAAUUUCAAUUUUUUUUUUUCCCAAGAAAAUGUUUACGAGGAGCUAGAAGGUUAAAACCGCUCCGAGUGAGUUGCAGUGAUUGCUGAGUUAAUCGUCUUCGCGGCUGGAAAAACAUGUAUUUCUUCAGUGCCCCGAACGCUCACCAUCUCCAGUUUGAUCCUGCCUCGCUGAAGGUGUAAGGUUCUUGCGAGAGAUGGCGUUGUCAACAUCGUGGUGGCUACAACUAAAGUAUUUUUACAACGGGUCUUGAAGGACACUGAGAGCUGAGCAGACGCCUUCCACUAAGACUUGAAGAAGAAAUCAGUAUAAAAACAAUGGAUGAACAAAUUCCGGUUUACCAAUAGAACACGUCCAUCAAAUAACCCUUAUACCGGACACACUUUUCAAUAAACCAUAGCGAUCCCCAACCAUAAAGUAAGGCGAUGUUAACAUAAAAGGGGAAGGUAGUAAGAAGAAGAGAUUGCGAGAAAGAGGAAGAAAAAACUCGAUGGAAAAACAUCGAAGGAACUGAGGAAAAAAGAAAAAAAAACUCACAACUUGAAGAGCGAUCUGGACUCUGUCAGCACCGCCAUCAACCACAAUGGCCACCUUCGAUAGUUGUUGUUGCUGUAGUCUACGGGCUGGCUCCAUCUUUAUUGGUCUGCUCAGUUUGGUGCUGAGUCUGGGCGGAGGGGCGGUGUGCUGCCUGCUGAUCUCGGCCGAGGAGCUCGACCAGGUGAUCCAGACGGCCUACAACACCUACCACGACCUGCAGAAUCCCAUCAAAGUCUACGGACCAAACGGUACUGAGUCAGGUGCCGAGGAUCUGAAUCUGAAAGACCCCGAGAUGAUGUACAUCGAAUGGGGAAUCAUCGCCACUUUGCUCUUCAUGUUCGUCUGUACAGUGGUCGAUGUACUUCUCGUCAUUGCAGCUAUCAGGGAAACACCGUACAUGAUGAUACCAUGGAUGGUGGUGCAGUGGAUCACCAUAUUCCUCACCAUAUCAAUCUUUGGAGUUGUGCUAUGGUACCAGCUGGUGGCUAUGCCGAGGUACUGGUGGGCCGUCAUGUUCGUGGUAGCGGUUGUGAUUCUCAUGAUCAUGUCGUUCGUUUUGGUGCUGUCUCUUUACCAGAGCGUCAGGGAGCGGGAACUGCCCGAGUUCUAUCAGGGAGCAGAGUUGGUGCAUCGCCACAUCUGGUUGUCUCAAAAAGGAAAGUAUUAUGAAUAAAAAUAAAAAAAGACGGAAACUAAUGCCUCCAACACAAAAGAAAAUACCAUCAUUCCAGCGAACUGGAGAAAAGAAGAAGAGGAGAAGCAUUAGAAAAUAUGAAUGCUGCUUUCACGCUUCGGGAGAGGAGAAAAGAGCAGCGCAGAUCUCGACGGGGAAAAUCUUCGGCCUGGAAAGAGAAUGGGGAUAUUGAAACACGGAGCCGCCUGUCUCUUUAAAUUCUUCUCAAGACUCAAGAGAAGAGGAUUGUUCGAGAGGAAGUGGAAUGUCUCCCUCGGUUAGUAAAAGGAAAAAGAAGGACGGGAACUCGUAAAUGAAGGUGCCAUUUCUGUAUGUACUUACAGAGCUCGUUGUGUCCCAUUAUUCUCGACGAGAGGAACCAUCGUCAUUAUUCCAUUUUCGCUUGGUGUGUGGUGGACAUUGUGAAAAUACGCUAUGAAACGUCUGUCGCUUGAAUGAAUGUUUCAGUGAACAUUUUACAAGACUUUUUGUUUGUUAAUGUUGCUGUCGACCGUGAUGGUACAACUCAUUCGUCUCUGUUUAUUGUGAUUUGUGAUUGAGGCGUUUCUUUGUGUUCUGUGAUUUUUGGUUUAUUAUUUAAGCGCUCCGCUUUACAUAUUUUGCCUUCUAUUGUUUUCGAGAAUAGAAAUGCAGAAGUAAGUGGUAGUCAUUCAUCUGAUCAUUAUGAGUGAAAGUGAAAGCCAGCUGUUGAAUGAAUCUUAGGCUCGUGUGAUAAUGAUUUCUGAAUCUAUUCAUAUUUCAUCAACGGCCGAGGUGAAUGGUUUCCUUGUUGUUUAGCAUCGUUCAAUAUAAUACGGGCUGAUCUAAUCUAAAAUAAAAUCGCGACAGUACUUGCCAAUAUAUGAACUAUACAGAUAAGACACAUACAUAGAGACAGACAUACGUACAUAACAAUAAGCAACCACCAGCUUAGGAAUAUGCACAAUUUACUGCACAAGUUAAUUACCUCCAGUGAUUAACAUGCCCACACACACACACACACCGAGACACACACAUACACACAACACAACACACAUAAUAAUAAUAACCCAUACUUAGUGAUUAGAGUUGUUGCUGAGCUUUCGCAACCUUAAACGUCAGCUUCACUUGCUGUGGAGCUACCAGCAACCGUUAUGGUCCUGAAAAAAGGAAAUACAUUGUAAGCAGUAGCAAAUACGUACAAAAAAAAAUUGUUUGAUCUAGUAUAUGAUAUGAAAUUGAUUUACUCUCUCUGCUCUGCGAGUUUCAGCUCUAUGUUAGGCUUUUCGACAUAGAGCCCAAAGCCUGAGGGUUCGAAAUUCAUUACAGGGUAGACUUAGAGUCUAAUGGAAGGUUGACAUAAGAACUGAUUUCAGUUGUUUUGGUAGUGAUAAUACAUACAUGCAUGCACACACCUAUACAUAUAUAUACAUACCUGCAUACAUGUUGAAGUAUGAAGGUGAAAGCGACUGUCGUGUUGUAUUUUCUCUUGUGCCACCUUCUAUUAAGGGAAACGAUUUGAGGUUGGAAACGUAGCCAAUUUCCUAUUUGCAAUUGAUAUGGCUCUUCUUUUUGUUUGGCUAAUUCAAUUACCAUCUAAAUGGUACUAGUAUGCCAUUUGUAAUCAGUGCCAAAAUGCAUUCAUAGAUAAUGGUCGGUCUGCUGGUUGGACGUCAGAUAAUUCCACAUUUACGAUGAAUGAUACCUGGAAUAAAAAUGCACGUGAAUAGCGUUAUUUUAUCAUAUAAUAAUACUUGAUUUUAUGUUCUGGGUUGUAGAAAUUCUUUGGCAUUAUAUUAGAAAUUUCGAAAAAAAAAAAAGUUACAUUUUUCCAUUCACUUCUUAACAUUAAGUUUAUUAGGGCUUUUCAUGAAAAAAAGUAAUCAGAGUACGGAAGAAUCUGUUAUAUCUGAGCUACUUGCAAAAUAAUAUGAAAAUACGUCGAAUUAAUGAAAAGAAAAAAAUUAUUUUUCUCGUAUUUAUUCUCCAGUUAAGGAGAUUUUCAUAGUUAUUGUAAUCAAGAAGGGAAUGAUGUUUUAAGAAUAUAUAAUAUAUAUUUAUAUUUUUGCAUAAUAGUCACACAGAUCCUCGUGAAAGAAAAAGUUCCUACCUUUUAAAAAGAAUAUUAAUCCAGUUUUCCUUAAAUGCGCACAAAAAAAUGCAUGAAAGGUGAAAAUUAUGCAAAAUAUCUUUCUCCUACCCCCUGCCCCUCUCUCUCUCUCUCUCUCUCUCUCUCUCUCUCUCUCUCUCUCUCUCUCUCUCUCUCUCUCCUGAUUAUGAAAUAGCAGAAAGGCCACAAUGAUCUCAUUAGGAAUAUAUUUCAUGUGUUGGAGUUCUCUCUCUUUUUCCACUGACUGCUAAGUAAAUAAAAAAAAUAUUGUGAUCUCACUGAAAAUAUGAUGUAAUUCACUUCAUUAAAAUGUGUCUCUAUGAAAUAAAUAUAUGAAGAGAGAGAGAGAGAGAGCCAUUAUCGUACAGACACCCAAAGAACCUUGGACAGCCUGCCCAAGCAGUAAUUUGCUUGUGACUUGCAAUUCUCUUCGCAAGCGCUUUUAUGCAAAAACUGUACUGCUGUGGCCUUGGUGUUUUUUUUUUUAUCUUCAGUGUUAAUUGAGUUAGUAUCUUAACGGACAGGGUAACAGACAGACCUCUUCGAAACCUAAUCCUGAAAUUUUUAAUAUAUAUUAUAUAUAUAUAAAUAACUCAAUUUAUCCUAAGCUUUUCCCAGCAUCUAAUAUCAAAACUAACUCCAAUCUGUUGUGAAGGUGUUUGCACAUUUGUGUCGAGACCGAAUGCAGAGGCUUUAGCCGUUUAAAGACGUUGCAAUGCUGAAGAAAUUCAUGCGUACGUUAAUGUGUAUUCAUCCAUGCAUGUGCCUUUAUGUGUAUGCAGAUCUUGAAGAAAGAAUAUCGCGUAUGAUGUCCUAGCAUACAAAAAAAGUUUUUACUUUAUCAUUAGGUGACUGUAUAAUCUUGUAUUAAAAGUGUGCUGAUGCGGGUAAA